UUUAUCCGUAUGAUAUCUAUGGUUUUAUCGACAAGGUAAACUACUAGCUGUAAUUUUUCGUUUGUGGGACGUAGGAAUAUAAGACUGGUUUAAAACUUGCGCCUUUUUGUGCAAAAGUAUCUUACAGAUAUUGAAGACUUUUGUAAAUUUGCGUAAACACGUCUAUGGCAAACGCAAACCGAAAUACUAUGAGCGCAUCGAUCAGCACAAGCAACGAACGACCGGAAGGCGAUAAUGAUUCAGUCGUAGUUUAUGAAGAAGCAGCUCAUGUACCUGUAGAACAUGGUAUGAGUAACGUUGUUCAUGAGGGUAAUAAUUCCGUUGGUCAAGGGUUGGGAAAUGUACGACAGUGGCAAGUGCCAGCUCCAUACCAGUAUCAUGUUGGGAUUUUCAGCAAUAAUGAAGAAGUAGCUCGGCGCGUUCACAAUAAAGUUGUGCUUCUCGGUUACCGUUCAUGUAUUUAUGAGUACUGGCUUUAUCCAAAUGGUGAACCACUACCGGAAAAGAGUUUAGCUUUUAUCAAGGACUGCAUGUUGAUAUUUUGGAUUGCUUCCCCUGGUGGUGAUAUAGGUUACAUGAAUCACGCGAAAAAUGUUGCCCACCAUGAUUGUAUAACAACAAGACCACACAGAAGCCUUAUAGUGGUGAUACCAGAGGAGCACCUGCGUACGCCAGAGACUGAAAUUGUUCCAGGAGAAUUACAAGCAUAUGGAACAAUGGAAGAAGAUAAUAGGUUCAAUGGAAGAGUUACUAUCACUGUCAAGCAUGCAUUGAGGAAACUUGCCAAUGCUAUCAGGCCCCAGUAAUACCUUUAUACAGUGGGGUUAGUUCAAUGUCACUUAAGAGAUUACACCCCAUAUUAUUUCUGGCUCCCAUAAUUCAGUUUAAAUUUAUCAAGAUUGUUGUCUGUUUAAACAUAAGGUUCAAAGCUAUUUUGAGAAACUGGGGUGCUAAAACAAAUGAUGUCACCCCAUGUUUUGUUACACCUCUUGAAGCCCCACCCAAAUGAAGCUCAAUCAUUAAAUAUGUUUGUUUAUGUUAGUCUUCUAUUUUUUAAACAUAUAGUUUUACUAUUGUGCUAAACUACUCAUUCUUCACAAUGCAAGAAUUGUUGUAAAUUGAUAUAUAUACUUUUAAAUAAAUGAUUAUAAUAAGCUUUUUAUUUUUUAUACUAUAUUGUAUUUUCAUCACUCUAUUUAAUAGAAUCCAAACUUGUAAAAAAAGUUCAAGUAGAUAUAAAUAUGCUCAUUCUCCUCUUACACUUUACUGUAACUUGCUCCAAACUAUUGUUAUAUAUGCUGUAACAGACACAAUCAGGCCCAAUUUCAGCUAACCUUAUGCAAUGUGGUAUAUGCCAUGUCUGUUUAGUAUAGAAACCUUUACAAAGUUUUUUGAUACAAAGUUCCUGUUGUGUGCACUUAUUAUUGAUUUUGAUCAUUUAGA